AGGCAGGCACGCCGCGCGCUCUCCAUGAGAGCGUCUCCGCUCCGCUCGCACCAUUCCGCGUUGCUACACCGUCCUGUCGAUUUCGUCGUACGCGCGUCGCUCGACACGCGUCGAGGAGCAUCGGGACGUCGAAGCGAAAGUUCCGGAGAGGAAAUCGCGUUUCUCGCGUGUGGGAGUGCCCCUGCGUCGGAUAUAACGCGCGUGUCGAACGUGCGAGCUGUCAAACGGGAGCGCCCGGACCGGCGCGCUUUCGCGCGGAAUCUCACGCCGCCAGAAAAAAGGCGUCACGUGCAGACGCCUUUGGGGAGAGGUGGUGGUCCUGUCGCGGGGUGGUCGUCGUCGCCGCGUCGCGGAUUUGCAUCGCGCGAAAUAUGAACGGCGCGUAGCGAGUGUGUUGUGCGGGUGUUCUCGCGCGUGCGGCCGUAAAUAUACAAGCCAAGUGUAAGCGUCACGUGGCGAUCACGAUGCUCUGGCGACUCGUGAUCCUGCUGAUCGUCGUCGCGCGGCCAGCCGCGAGUUACUUCAAUCUCUUCCUCAGCUUCGCCGAGGUUCGCAAGCUACUCGGAUUAGAUGGAGAAUUAUUUUAUGUCAGAGAGGGCGUUGUAAACGAGUAUGCUAUCAAGUUCAUCGUUCCUGUACCAGCUUUGAUUGACAAGCUUCAUUUCACAUGGGAAAAUCUCGCCGGUAGACCGCUACCAUAUCAGAUGUCUGUGGAUAUCAGUAAUCCUUCGGUGUUAAGCAGUUCUCUGAACAUCUCUCAAGCCGGCGAAAUACCUAUCGGCAGUCUGCAAACGUGGGCUUUGUCGUUGCACUGCGGACCCUACAACGUCGAGGUCGACCUUAGUCUCCGAAUAACUGUUUCGUUAUCAAGAAGAAAUAUCACCAGCUUGGAGUUCAAGAGAAAAAAGAUCUGUAUGAAGAAAGAAAGUUACACCGAACCCGAGGAAGUUCUAGUCGCCGCCUCCGGUUCUACUUCUGGCGGUCAAAUCUUUUACGCAGCGAUUGGUUGCGCGUGUGCAUUUAUCGCGGCUAUUUUCGUCUUGAUUAUGGCUUACUACGUACGCGAUAAGAAGACUAGAAGACAUCGAGAUCCUCUUCAAGAAUCUAGAGGACUCAGUUCGGCAUGCAGUAUGGAAAGAGGCACCGGAGUAGGACCUGCACAAACUUUCUUGUCGCCGGAAACACCUCCACCUGCGUCCGCUGCGUCAGGAUCGUCUUACAGAAGGCUGGAUGAUCGUUCUAACAGAGAACUUCAUGAAAGAAUCCAAGAAAUUACCGUGCAAAGAUGUAGGGUGCGUCUCCUCAGUAUCGAAUUGGAGGGAACAUUUGGGCGCGUGUAUAGGGGCAGUUACCACGAAGAAGGCGCUUCAUUGCCGAAAGAUGUACUAGUGAAAACUGCUGCCGAGCACGCAUCUCAAUCGCAAGUGGCUCUUCUGCUACGAGAAGGUUUAGCCCUAUAUGGACUCAGUCAUCCAGCGUUACUUCCAGUUCUCGGUGUUUCCAUCGAAGACAGAAGCGCGCCUUUCCUGCUGUACCCACACACGGGCUACAAAAACAUGAAGAGAUUCUUGCUGAGAUGCAAGUUCAGUAACGAAGGACCUCCAAGGGCUCUUACCACACAGGAAGUUGUCGAAAUGGCACUUCAAGCUGCCAAAGGUGUACAAUAUCUUCACAGAAAGAGGCUCGUUCAUAGAGACUUAGCCGCCAGAAAUUGCGUGGUGGACGACGAUUUGAGAGUACAGAUCACGGAUAACGCUUUAGCUAGAGAUCUGUUCCCACAAGAUUAUCACUGCCUUGGCGAUAACGAGAAUCGUCCCAUCAAAUGGCUAGCGAUAGAAAGUUUACUCAGUAAAACCUUCACCACAGCUUCUGACGUGUGGGCAUUUGGCGUUUUAUUAUGGGAGCUAACGACGUUGGCGCAACAACCAUAUGGAGAAGUGGAUCCAUUUGAAAUGGCAUCCUAUCUCCGAGAAGGAUACAGGUUGGCGCAACCGAUAAACUGUCCGGACGAGCUGUUCGCAGUGAUGGCAUAUUGCUGGGCCAUGUCAGCGGAAGAAAGGCCAACGUUUAGUCAACUCAUUAUCUGUCUACAAGAUUUUCAUACUCAAUUAACGCGAUAUGUUUAAUUGAGUAGUAUGCUUGGCUGUAAAGUAGGACUGAACCUUUCUAUUAACGUGUCUCCAUUAAAUUUUCAAACAUAUCGAAACUUUUAUCGAAAGACUAUUAUGUAACGAGAUGCGCGUGUAUAUAUCAUUCUAGUUUAUUUAAGAUCCUCGUAUAAUUUAAGCAUUUUUAUAUAUAGAGCAGUCGUGUAUAAUUGUAAUAGAUUCCAAUGUACACACAGGUUUUCUCCUCAAAAUUGUGCAAUUAAGUGGAGUAACUGUCGUCGUCGCUUAAAAAAAUAACUACUACUUGAUCAAGAUCGAAUUUAGCGUAGAAUUCUAUUGUUGUGAUAAUUUUCAUAUAAAAAGAUUUUAUAAUCUCAGUCAGGAAUAUAUCCCCAUCUUUUUCUAAUAGAGAUAUAUCCACAGGACACUCUGUAUAAUAAAUAAGCACAACGUAUAGAAAUCGCGCGAACUAUUCGUAUCGUAACUUAAGACUGAACUCAUGCUGCCACUGUUACGUAUUUGACACUUGUUCGACCCGUAUCACCCAUGAUUACCAAAACCGGCGAACGUACGUCAUCGUGCAUCGCCAGAUCCAUUUUCGGAAACCUGCACUGCCGGUGGUGGAAACGGCGAAUCCGAAACUAUGUGAUACGCGUUUUGCUUACCUACGUGAGUGUGUUUCGAGUGUGCCAAUAUCUUCCUUUCUUUUCUCUCUUUUUUUUUUUUUUUUUGUAUUUUUUGUACAUACUGUAGUUCCAGUGCUUUGUGCAUACGCUAUCGUUAAGUAUACGAAAAAUGCGCCCAAACGAAACGAAUCCCGUGUACAUAAUUAAUUAAUGUAAUGUGAGAGACUAUAAUUGUACAAACCGCAAUCGUUGCGAGCACAAUAAAUUUCUAUCUAUACGAUACAGAA